CCACCCUACCAGGUGACCCUCUCUCCCCGGCUGUGCCCUCCAGACCAGCAGGGCCAGGGAAUGGCGCUCCCCCCAGACCCCAGCAAUGCCCCAAUUGCACCUGGCACCACAGCUCUGCCCAGGCUCAUUCCACACCUCGUCACCAGGAAGUCCUGGCCACUCUGGGCACUUAUCACCACUACUGUGGCUGCUGGUAUCCUGAUUGUUGCCUGCCUCCUCUGUGCCAUAUGGUGUUCCCGCCGCCACCGCCGCCGCCGUCACAGCAAGAAGCCCAGACACAAGGAGGCCGUAGGCCUGGGCAGCACCCAUAGCACCACCACCGCCUACCUGGUGCAGCCAGAUGUGGAUAACCUGGAGUGUGGCCCGGGGGGUCCUCAGCACUGGGGGAGUCUGCUGCUGUCUCUGGAGUAUGACUUUGGGAGUGAGGAGAUCAAGGUGGGCCUGAAACAGGCAGCUGACCUGAGGGCCCCAGCGCCUGGCGGCACAGCUGACCCCUAUGCCCGCAUCAGCGUCUCCACUCAGGCUGGGCACGCACAUGAGACCAAGGUGCACCGGAGCACGCUCAGCCCCCUGUUCCAGGAGAUCUGCUGCUUCCAGGUCCCGAAAUCUGAGCUGCCCGUGGCAACCCUGCGUGUGCAGGUCCUGGACUUCAGGCGCUUCUCCCAGCACGCACCGCUCGGCGAGCUGCACCUGCCAUUGAGCACCGUGGACCUGCAGCAUGUGCUGGAGCUCUGGCACCAGCUGGGCCCACCAGGCACGGCCCAGCCCGAGCAGACUGUCGGGGAGCUAUGCUUCUCUCUUCGGUACCUGCCCAGCUCCGGCCGGCUGACUGUGGUGGUGCUGGAGGCCCGAGGCCUGAAGCCGGGGCUGGCAGAGUCCUAUGUGAAGAUUCAGCUCGUGCUGCACCAGAGGAAGUGGAAGAGGAGACGGUCUUCCAGGCGGAAGGGCACGGCCACCCCCUACUUCAACGAGGCCUUCACCUUCCACGUGCCCUUCAGCCAGAUCCAGAGUGUGGACCUGGUGCUGGCAGUCUGGACCCGAGGCCCGCAGCUUCGCGCUGGGCCAGUGGGGAAGGUGCUACUUGGUGCCCGGGCCUCCGGCCAGCCCCUGCAGCACUGGGCAGACAUGCUGGCUCAUGCCCGGCGGCCUGUCACCCAGUGGCACCACCUGCAGCCCGCCAGAGAGGUGGACCAGGCCCUGGCCCUGCAGCCCCGCCUGCGCCUGCCCUUACCUCACUCCUAAGAGCAUCCCCACGCCUCGGUUUCUCCAGCCUGAGCCGUGGCCACGUGUCCAGGCAGCCUAAGAGGACCCCCCGGAAUAAAUGUCUUCUCCAGCCACUACAUGUCCUUCCUGGGUCCCGAGUCAGGGCUCCCCCUCCUCCCCACAGCCCCUCCCCAGGCAGGCCUGGGUCUUACAGGAGGCACAGACCUCCUCCAGGCAGGCUGUGUGCUCCAGGGCAAUUGGGGAGAGAUGGGGAGGAGGUGGACAGGUCGUCAGGGCCAGCUUCAGGAAAAGGUGGGGAACUGGCCCCCUGGGGACAUGUGUGGGGAUGAUUGGGGACAAUUUGGGGGUAGCAAUGGAGGGAGGGGAACCCCAACCCAAAGGGCCAUCCCUUCCCAGCUCAGACCCCAGGACUUGACCCGGUGGCAGGGCUUGUGGAGUCUUCACACAUGAACAGCAGGGGGCAGUAGACACCUUCGAAAGCUGCCCAGGCGUUUGGGGGUGCAGCCCUGGCCCCGGGGCGCCUCCUAAUCCCGCACAUCUGGAUGGCUUUAGUCAGCAAAGCCUCCUGCAUCCGCUGUCUCCUCCAUCACCCCCAUGCUGAGAGUGGGGGCCG